GAGUAGCCUUGCCUUAGAAUAAAAUCUUAAUAUUUACACAUUCAAACAUUUCAGAUUCAUUGCGAUAAUUACUUUAGUGGCGAUUUAUUGAGUGUUUCUACGUAGUCUUCUGGGGUUAUGCUGCCCUUUGACUCACCCGUCAACAAUGCCUUGAGGUGUUGUAAGAAAAAAACGGUCGCGCAUCAAGUCAUAGCAACAACUUAAGAUUUCUUCACUUCUCUCUUCCUUUAUUCACCAACACUCGACAUCCAAUACUCGUAUUGACGAGGAAUCUCUACGAUAUCACGGACUUUCCGUUAAGUUGUGUACUACGAAUUUUUAAUACUCGACUUCGAUAAAGACAUAUCUCCACCGUGACUUAACUAUGGCCGACUCCGACGGCGAAUUCCAUGCCGAUGAUGCAAGCGAUGACCUCGAAGACCAUCGAGUGACGACUAGCUCUAAACACGAUACGCGAUCGCGCUCCCGACCUGAAAAGGCCAAGAAGGGAACCCGAAAAAGUGGUAAGGCCGCCUGGGAAGAUAUCCAGCGUUCGUGGGACGCAGUCGUCGAGGAUGCAGAUGGUUCUCUCACAGCAGCCAUCGAGGGCCGUGCCGAGGCCGAGAAGAGGGCGCGAUUACUUAGGGAUACUACGCCCCUUCAACGAGGCAUAAUACGGCAUCUGGUGUUGGUUGUGGACAUGUCUUUUGCUAUGCUCGAGAAGGAUAUGCUGCCUAGUCGAUACGAGCUAACGAUAGCGUACGCGUCGCAAUUCGUACGAGAGUACUUCGAGCAGAACCCGAUCUCCCAGCUAGCUGUCGUAGGAAUGCGGGACGGCGUGGCGAUCAGGAUAAGUGACAUGAGCGGUAACCCGGCAGAACACCUUGAGAAGCUACAGGGUUGGGUCAAGCAGGAGCCUCAGGGAAAUCCUAGUCUACAGAAUGCGCUGGAGAUGUGUCGGGGUGCUCUAUUUCACACCCCCUCCCACGGCACCCGCGAAGUCGUAAUCAUCUACGGCGCCCUCAUGUCCAGCGACCCGGGCGACAUCCAUGAAACCAUCACCUCCCUCGUACACGACCGAAUCCGAGUCUCCAUCGUCGGCCUAGCCGCCCAAGUCGCCAUCUGCGACGAGCUAUGCACCAAGACCAACGGCGGCGACACGUCUAGCUACACCAUCGCCAUCGACGAAGACCACUUCCGCAGCCUACUCCUCGAAGUCACCACACCGCCCGUCACCCGAACACAGGAGCAGAGUAACGCCAGCCUGCUCAUGAUGGGCUUUCCGUCGCGAACGCUGGCCGCUGGUGACAGCAUACACUACUGCUCAUGCCACAACCGACCCACGAAGGAAGGGUACAAGUGCACGCGCUGCAAGAGCCGCGUCUGCAGACUCCCCGCCGAGUGUCCCGGCUGCGGCCUCACGCUCAUCCUAUCGACGCAUCUUGCGCGCUCAUACCAUCACCUUUUCCCCCUGCGCAACUGGGUCGAUGUCCCGUGGGCUGAGGCCAAGAGGUCGAAGGCAUGUUAUUCAUGUCUCACUGCGUUCCCUGAGGUUCCUCGCACUGAGUCGGGCAAGGGAAAGACGCCGGAGAAGGGGAAAGGGAAGAAUAAUAGUGGCAGUGUGCCGACGCCGUUGAAGGGACUUAGUGAGUCAGGACGGUACGCGUGCGAAGUCUGCCGAAACCAUUUCUGCAUCGAUUGCGAUUUAUUCGCCCACGAGGUUCUGCAUAACUGCCCCGGGUGCCAGAGCGAUACCCGGGGCGCGCAGAGGCAGAAUGGGAAGGCGACGAGUAAUGGCGAUGCGAACGGGGCUAUGGAGAUAGAUUCCUGAGAUGAAUAGUCUCGUUUAAUAAAGGUGGGCUUUUUGAGCGAACUCCAGGCAUAACAGCCACAUCGUCACAGCAUGGGGGGGAAACGGGGGAGGCGUUGGCGGUACUCGCAUA